CACACUUACACGGAAACCCGUAUAAGGAACUAGGAUAUGUCCAUAGUGUGCCAACCUGACAAGGUAUGUGUUGAUCAUGUACAGCAGCCAAAAGGAGGCCCUUCGAAGGAACCAUGUCAGUAUAAUGGAUCAGUUGGAUCCCAAAGAUGUAUCUGAUCACUUGCAUCAAGAUGGCGUACUCACUGAGAGUGAUCAUGAACUGAUCGACACGGGUAAAACCCGGAAGGAACGAUGCUGGAUGCUAUUGGGAAUUCUCCCCUCUCGUGGUCCAGUCGCAUACAAUUCCUUCAAAAACGCUCUUAAACACGGUUAUUCACAUUUAGAGAAGUUGUUGUCUGAAACAACAUCAAGUAAUGGCAAGGUAAAAGAUGCAUGUUUAGACAGCCCUUACCAUUUCGGGAGUAUUGGAAUAUGUGCCAAGUGUCAACCUUAUAUGCCUGCUAACAUUGCCAGCCCAGCGUUACAGAAUGUACUACAUAAGUCCUGCUGCAUGGUAUUACAGAAUGUAGAAGCUAGCGAUUUAUUAGACUUGCUCUACCAAGAGGCUAUAUUAGAGAGGAACGACUGUGAAUUGAUAAAAUCAGAAAACACCCGGAAAGACCGAUGCGUUGUUCUAAUAAGUAAAUUAUCACAGUGCGCGAAAAGUUACGUUUCGACAGUUUUCACAGAAUCAUUAAGAAGGAAAUAUAGUUUCAUAACUGACAUGCUAGAUAACGUCAAUAAAGAAGUUUCGGAAGGCUCUCUUCAUUUGAGAAGUUCUCCCAUCAACGAUGAGAGACCAUCGUAUCCUACGCACCAUACAGGGAUACACAGGGUUUUGGAAGUCAAACAAACGGAAUUGUUUUAUCAACCCAUUCCGUCCAAAAGUCCAAUGUCUUAACCAACAGCAUAGAAGAAGUUAACAACAAUUUCAAAGAACUGAACUUUAAGGGGAAAACUCAACUCGACAGGACACGCUCAGUUCAGACCCGAUUUUGGCAGACAAAAUGUUCUCAUUCAAAAUGUCGUGUUCUAUCAUCGUAUUCAAUGGUUCAUCAACCAGAUACCUGUUUGGCCAUUUGCCUAGAGAAUCAAGAAAACGUUAAAGUAAUUGGAAAGCAUGGUACAAGGAUUCAUCGCAAAAGACAUAGAAAUCAAUCAUCCUCAUAUAAGACUUCAAAGUAUAUACAUCUUGAUACAUCUCACUGUCAAUUAUUAAAACAGUCCUUCGAGCUACGUGGUAACGGUCAAGAGACUGUAUUCAACUAUCUCAGUACUCUAAUCAACCAAGGGUCGUACAAAGAGUUUGAGGCGUGCGCUGUCAAUAUCCGACAUAGUCAAGGCAGUAACGUAGACAUGAUGUGUAUUCUAGACUAUUUGUUCGCCAGCAGGUUCUUACAUACAGCGGAUGUAUAUUCUGCUAAAACCUAUAUAAAAUCUGGACUUAAACUAGCACAAAAGACUCAGUAUCCCAAAUAUUUUACACUAGAACUAUUCACCUGUCAAACACGGAUGCUAAUCAUCAAGAAAAAGCUUGGGAAACUUCAGAACGUGCUAGACGAUGCUAAAAUGAUAAUAGAGGCUGACCCUACCUGUUGUACAGGUCGAGCUGCCGGCUGGUUGUACAUGAAUGAUGUGAAAAAUAUAAUGGUCCAAAUAUCCAUGUUGAAUACCUACAGAUCAAAUUACCCAUUGGUAUACGAACAUCUAUACAAACAUGCUAAAGAUAGCUGUCAAAAAUCACUAGAUCAUUUUAAACGUGAUCAAGGAAAAGAUGGGCCUUUCGGGAUUGGAUUUGCGUUGUGCCGACUGAUUAUAUUGUUACUUCGAUGUGGCGAUAAGGGUCUUUAUAAUGAAUGCAUGACGCCAGACCAAGAAAAUGUCGAACUUGCAGGAAAGUAUUUGCAUCAACUCGAAGAUUCGGACAUUCCAAUUACUGCAUUUCUGAAGGUGCCUCUCCUCCUAGCAAAGAGUGACUACUAUUAUCGCCGUGAACAUAUACAGAGGGCUCUAGAAUACGCACAGGAAGCAUUCCAACUAACGGAAAACAACAGUAUUUUGGAAUAUAAGGAACAGGCUCAGAACCGUGUAUGUUUUCUCGCUGCGAAGUUGGAUGCGGAGGGAAAAUAAGUGGAUAAAGGAGGAGGCAUUGAGGAUAUAAGUAACGGAUAAGUGUGCAAGAGUUAUGAACUAUAUUCAAGCUAAACAAGCUGUAACCUAAGUAAAUGAUUUCUAAGUGCAAUAUAUACGGGGUAUAUUUAAUUUGUGGAACAAGCAAUAAGUGCAGAGAUAUUAACUUUGUUUGUCUCUCUCUAUCGACUUUCAAAGUUUUUCAAUGUGUCCUUUCUUCAUAUUUCAAGUGUGAAGUGAAAAAAUGAAUGUACCUUCGAAAUUAAACUACAUCAUCCAACAAAUACAUUUAAU